AUGGGUUUUCGAGGUCGGGGAUCGAGGUACAGAGGUUUGCUAGACUGUGUAGCAACGGAAGUUUCUGAUUGUUGUAGACGUAGGAUUGUUGUGGAGAGAACUGGGUUGGCGCUGGAGAGUCUUCUUUACAGCUUUAACAUGUAUCACCUGUCAAGUCUUAUCCUUUUCCUCACCCUCAUCUUCACCCUCAUCUUCACUAUCACCACAAACCACAUUGCGUCUGCGUCUACUCAAUAUGAACUCACUCCCCACCAUUACCACCGCGCGUUCAAAGAUAAGAAGGCGUCUGGCGAGGCGGGAGAUGUACUGGGCAGUGAAUUCAACAACAAGCAGAGACUUGAAAGAAUACAAAUCAUGGGCGAGCAGGAACUAGAGCGAAAAGCCAGAAUGACGCUUGAGGAUGAGCAGCACGAAAUCUUCUCGAACCACUACCUUUACGCGCGGCAAGACGGUUCAUGUUCGUGUCCGGGAUGCACCCUUCGAAUGAACAGGGAGAAGCAUGAGAGAGAUCUUGCGUACAAGCCACCAACGGCAGUUGAGUAUGCACAGUAUCUACAAUGGAGAGCCGAAGAAGCAGAGCAGCGCUCCAAAGCAGCAGCCGAGAAGCGGCUCGAGGAACAAAACCAAGAGCGCAUGGAAAGAGAACAAGAGCGUCUGAGAAAAGAGCAGGAGAAGACAGACAGAGUAAAGCGUGCAGAAGAACGCAAACGAGCAGCGAAAACCAAGGUCAAAGAAGAACGAUCGAAAGAAACUGCACGUCAAGCUAGUAAGCAGCAGGAGAAAGACGCGCAGGUGCGUAUGGCGAGACACCAUAUCAAAGAACAACACGCGAAGUUUGACAAAUACCUCCGAGAUAUGAAGAAUCAUGGGCAGGAAGUCGAAACGAGGACUGGUGUAGUUGACAUUGGAUGGGUCAAAAAGAAAGGUGUUGCGACCUGUCUGUUCUGCGAGGAGGAGAUCAAGUACUACUCGUUUCGCUGUCCAGAUGGGGGCGCUGUGGCUUGCAAUCCGUGCAAGAAUAAGCUCAGUCAAGUGUUGACGACGAAGGUUUUGUGA